ACCAGGAGCUGAACCAGCUUGAGGCGCCACCAGGAACACCUACCCCCUUAUCGCCUUCACUUUCGAAUCGCAGAACUUGUCGCCUUAAAAAAAAACAUCUCGAAAUCGCACAGCGCAGCAGAGUUCGACCCCUCCCCGCACCAUACAGCGUAUAGCUCUUCACAAUGUCGUGGCAACCUGAGGAACAGACAUUACGGCAGCUGGCGCAGUGCCUGAAGGACUCGCUCGGCGGUCACGAUGCGAAUGCGCGCAAGAAUGCCGAAAUUAUGCUCAGGACAGCCAGGGCUUCGCCCGAUUUUGACAAGUACCUGGCAUACCUCUUCUCAAGUAGCCAGCCUCCAUCAGGCGUCGAUAUGGACGGUACUCUAUAUUUCCAGGCACGUGCAGCAGCAGCCAUCAUGCUGAAGAACGAUGUCAAGACGUCGCUGAAAGCCAUGGAUGAGACCACCAAGAGUUACAUCAAGAACAUCAUCAUGGUCGGCCUACAAGACUCGAACAAACAGAUGCGCCUGUACGCCGGCAACGUCAUCACUGAGGUUGUGCGACAAGGAGGCAUCAUGGGCUGGCCUCAAAUCCUCUCAGAUUUGGUCAACAUCGUUAGCAAUGCAAACGGAAAUGUCUCUGUUCAAGCGCAAGAAGGUGGCAUGAGCGCUUUAUUGAAGAUCUGCGAAGACCACAGGAGAGCGCUGGAUAAGGAAUAUCAGGGCCAACGGCCGUUGAGCUAUGUCUUCCCUAAGCUUCUGGAGCUUACGACAAGCCCAGUUUCUCGAGUACGCGCCGAUGCGAUAGCCGCGAUCAACGUUUUCAUCCCAGACAAACUGCAGGUCGUAUUAUCCAACAUCGACACAUUGAUGCAACAGCUAUUCUCUAUUGCGAGCGAUUCGAGUGAGGAUGUCAGGAAACAGGUCUGUCGAGCCUUUGUCCAUGUUGCAGACAUCGCCCCGGAGAAGAUGCUGCCGCACAUGAGUGGACUGGUCGACUACAUGGUCGCACAACAACGAAGCAAGGAUGAUGAAGAACUGGCUCUGGACGCUGCUGAGUUCUGGCUUUGUGUUGCGGAGGACGAAAGAAUGCGCGAUCAUUUGGGUCCCUAUCUGGCGAAGAUCGUGCCUGUGCUCCUCGAGAGUAUGGUCUACAGCGAAGAUGAUGUCCUACGUCUAGAGGGUGAAGAGGAGGACUACAACGUCGACGAUCGGGAGCAGGAUAUCCGACCAAAUUUCGCUUCGAGCAAGUCAGGGCGGAUGACAACGAACGCUAGUGGUGAGACCGUUCUCACCAAUGGUGCAACUGCUGGCUUUAGAGACGAUGACCUCAGCGACGGUGAGAUUGAGGACUUCGAUGACGAUGAUUCAUUCUGCGAUCCAGAAGAUGCGUGGAACUUGCGAAAGUGUUCAGCCGCGGCACUGGACGUACUCGCAGGGGUCUUCCACGAGGCUGUCUUCGAGGCGACGCUUCCCUAUCUUACCACCAACCUCAACCACGCCGAAUGGCCCAACAGAGAGUCUGCGGUUCUUGCUCUUGGUGCCAUUGCCGACGGCUGCAUGCAUGUGGUGCAGCCUCACCUUCCCAUGCUCACACCCUACCUCAUCACGCUUCUGCAAGACCCAAAGCCCGUCGUUCGAAAGAUCACAUGUUGGACUCUCGGGCGUUACUCUGGAUGGGCAGCGCGCCUCGACCAGGCUGGAAAACAGCAAUACUUCGAACCUAUCAUGGAUGGUAUCCUGAAGAAGAUGCUCGACAGCAACAAGGGUGUGCAAGAAGCUGCGGCAUCAGCUUUUGCGCACCUCGAGGAGAAGGCGAACACACAGCUCGCUGACUACUGUCCUGUCAUUGUUCGCCAGUUCAUCCAGUGUUUCGCCAUGUACAAGGAUAAGAAUAUGUACAUCCUGUACGACUGUGUUCAGACACUUGCUGAACACGUUGGACCGGCGCUCGCGCAAGACGAACUUGUUGCCAUGCUCAUGCCGGCACUCCUGCAACGCUGGAACAAGGUUUCAGAUCAUUCGAGAGAGGUUAUACCUUUGCUCGAAUGCCUCUCUUACGUCGCAACUGCGCUCGACCGCAAGUUCUCACAGUACGCAGGUGGCAUUUUCGCACGAUGCAUCAGCAUCAUUCACCGAAACCUACAAGAAAGUCAAAUGGCCACCGAGAACCCCAGUCUUGAGGUACCUGAUAAGGACUUCCUGAUCACCGCCGUGGAUCUUCUGAGUGCAAUGAUCCAAGCUCUCCCUGCACAGGACAGCGCUCAAUUGGUUGCUGGAACUCCGAACUUUUUCCAGCUGCUGGCUAUCUGCAUGAGCGACUCCAACAACGACGUAAGACAGUCAGCCUACGCUUUACUCGGUGACUGUGCUAUCUGCGUUUUCGAGCAAUUGCAACCCUGUCUACCUGCAAUCCUAGAGAUUCUAAUUGUUCAGCUCGAAGCUUCGCCAGCUCAUGUUGGUCAUGACGAGUCUGGAUACUCAGUCAUCAAUAAUGCUUGCUGGUCGGUUGGAGAGAUUGCCAUGCAACAGAAGGAGGGCAUGCAGCCAUAUGCUGAGAGACUGCUUCAGAAGAUUGGCACAAUACUCUUCGACAGCAAGGUGCCGGAGUCGUUGAAUGAGAAUGCCGCUAUCGCCCUAGGUAGGCUCGGGAUAGGUUGCGCACAGUACCUCUCAGUGCACCUUGCUCAAAUUGCGCCGGCCUUCCUCCGAGCAAUCAGCAAGGUCACUUGGAAUGACGAGAAGGGUCAUGCCCUUACUGGCUUCAUGCAAAUCGUUCUGGCGAACCCCGGCGCCAUGGAGCAAUCUCUUCUCGAGUUCUUCAGUCUGAUGGCGUCUGCCGACCGGAACUUCGUCACUGGACCAUCCGGUCAGCAGUGUCGUGAGACAUUCAAGCAGAUUAUUCAGCAAUACAAGAGCAUGAUCUCGAACUUCGACAGUUUCCUUAACGGCUUGCCUGGCGACCAGCAAGCCACCUUCCGUGAGCUGUACGGCGUCUAGGCAACGUCUGUACACUCAUAUCACCAUGGCGAUCUUCUCCCCAGCCAUCUACUUGAGGAUGAGAACGGACCAUUUUUCUACA